CAGCUGUUUUAAUGACAUUUGUUUUUCAGGUUAUAAAUUGUUUCGUGAAAAAAAUAAUUCUGUUUUAUGUAACAAAGUGUGUUGAUUUUAUAAUUUACGUUCGUAAGCAAGCAUUAAAUGUAAGCGCUAAGCUCUUGUUAUUGCCGUCAAUAUGGCUUUGUGGAAAACCCGCGUAAUUUCAAGUUUAUUUCGGCAAUAUCGAUAUUACUCGGCUUUUAAUAGAACUCUUAAUAAGUGCGACUUAUUUGAUAAUAACCGGCUAACUCAAGUAUUAUCACACCGUGGGCUGUUCUGGGAAAAGGAUAGAAAAUCAGGUUAUGAUACAGCACACAAUAUUUCAUACUUAGAACAUCUGAAGAAUGGGUUCCAAGAGUUAAAGUAUGAAUUGAAGCUGUUCGGCCAAGAAAUAAAAGAAUUUAUGGAAGCAGACCCCCUACUUAUAGCCAGGCCAGGUGAAACCGACCUCCUCUGGCUAUUCAAUGAGCCUCCGGUGCUGGACAAAUUCGUGACCACCUGCGACAGUGAUCACAACCAGGGCUACAGCAAAUGUUUCUUAGAGAUGAGCAACGCUGGUCGAGCGCACUUUCACGGAUACCUCGACACCAGGGUACCCAAAGAUGGCCGUAUAAAAAAGGCUGGAUACUGCGCUAUAAGGUCUAAAAGAAUAAGGAAAGCAUUUAAAAGAGAGUCCACUUACAACUGGCACCUGUACAACACGCUGGUCCUCAAGGUCCGAGGAGACGGGAGGUCGUACCUCCUCAACAUAUCGUGUGAGGGCUACUACGACAUCACGUGGAACGAUAUCUAUCACUACGUGCUUUAUACUAGAGGGGGACCUUACUGGCAAAUCGCUAAGAUUCCCUUCUCGAAGUUUAUUUUGGGUUCUAAAGGGCGUCUGCAGGACAAACAGACGGCGAUCCGUACAGACCGUGUCACGCAUUUCGGUAUCUCUUGCGGCGACAAGAUCGACGGCCCGUUUAGUUUAGAAAUAGAGUACAUAGGUUUAGAGUUUGAUCCAACUCAUAAUGAAGAGUUUGCCUACGAAAUGUACAAAACUGAUAAAUAUAUUGUUGGUGUUUAAAAUUAAUUACCGUGUGUAAAUAUUUUAAUUUACUAAAGUUUUGUUCCUCACA